ACAUUGAUAAGUGAGAUUAUUUUAUUCUUAAACCUAAGUAAACAUGGUAAAGGUCGAUAUAAUUAAAAAUAUAUAAUGGAUGUUAAACAUGAGAAAAGUGAUAUUUAGUCGGUUUUAUAACAAUGAAAAUGAGAUGAUUGUAUUUUAAUAGUGUAAGACAAUUUUAAUAGUGUAAGACAUGAAAAUACCAUUAAAGAACUAUAGUUGAAAGGAAAUAUAAAACGCCGAAGGAUAAUGUGAAUGAUGACAGUCCACGGCACGUUCGGCAGUUUGAUAUAUAGUGUUGUAUAUAUCGGAUGUACACUAUUAUUUCUGUUGCCGGAGUUAGUUAUUUGCUUAGAGUACUUGGAAGAUGGAGAGAAACAAGUUUCAGAUUUGGCAUUAAAUCUUAAUGAACUUCCAUAUCGCAGAUUUGAAGUGCUUAAACCAUCGAUGGACUGCAAAUUUAGUAACUUGACCAGGUGCCAUGUUAAUCCGGACAAAUUUUAUGAUUAUCAGGAACGGUGCUUUAAAUAUUUGUGUCAACAUAACGAGCAAUACCGGUGCUUGAAUGGCCCCAAGAAUAGAACUAUACAUAUAUGUUUGCCUCUUGAGGAAUGCCAGAAACGAUCUCGAGAUAUAGCCACUUAUGAAACAGCUGGGUCUGGGCAUGUGAAUGUAUACAGAAUUGACUGCCCAGCUGGUUACUUUCAGUCCAGUUUGAGGAAUUGUUUUGACAAAUGUGAUAAGGACGAGUCCUUAGUAAUAGUGAUAAACGCUACAGGUCAGAAGCCUGCAAUAGGAUAUUGUAACUCACAAAAAGGGUACUGUAACAGAAAAAAUGUCUUCAUGUUUGAGGUAGGUUCGACUGAAGACGAAUGUAUACACGCAAAAUUGGAUAUGAAAAUACAGUGCGACGCUGAAGAGGAAUUAUUGCCAAAUUGCUCGUGUGUGUAUAAAUGCCAACGUGGUGAAAAGAGAGACUGGAGUGAAGCAUUUAUUUGUAGAUCUACAGGAACAAGCGUCAGAAACCACGUAAGUACUGAAGAUGUUACUGAAGUGCCUACAACUGCCAGCCAACAAACUAGCUACCAGACUAGUCAAAAAGUAAUCACUGGUAUGCACAUCCUUGACGAUGAACUUUCCGUGAAAGAUGACAUGAAACAAAAUACAGAUGAUCUUCAAAGUAGCAAAACAAUCGUGACAGUAGGUGCCGAGCUAAUUGGUGUAAUUGCAGGCAUGUGUGCAUUUGCAAGUAUUGUCGUUGGCUUAGUUAUGUACUACAAGUACAGGCAUCAAGGACGAGGUAUGACAUUUAAUGGAAUCAUUCUAAUUCAAGAAUACUCCCCUUUGCUGCGGGAGGUAGAAUCAUUCUAUGGUAUCGUUUUCUCUGAAUAAGCAUUAGUUAAAUUAAAUGUGUUUCAUAUUUAAAUUCGUAUACAUCUUGUUAUAAUAUGUAUCUAAAUAAUAAUUUUGUUUCUUGGAAUUGUUUUAUUGCAAGCGAAAUUUAUGCUUUGUUUUUACUUGUAUGAACACAAAAAUAUGAGGGUCGUUAUUGAUGAUUUACAAUUUGCAGUAGUAUAAGCUUGAGUGCUAUUUAAAGGAAUUAAUAAAACAUCUGCGGAAAGAUAUUUUGGGAGCACAGAACACAAGCAUGAGCAAAAUAUAACAGACUCUCUUUUACUGAGUCUAUUAUGUGAAGGACUGAAAUGUGCAUCAAGCCUCCCCACUCUCCUACAAAGCACAAGAUUAAGCGGAGUUCUGUCAUAGUAAAAAUGAAUAUAUGUCUGCUUCAAAGGACAUUAAACUAACGGUUGUGAAAUUCAUAACUAUGAUAAAUUAAGUUCAUGUGG